AUGAGCCAAUUUACCCAAACACGGGUGCGCAGAAGAGGGGUUUGCAUAUCCGUACAUGUGUCCACUCCCUACGCCGCUCUCUCGCAGCGAAGUCGGCGGCUGGCAUCCGGUAUCAUUCGAUGCGGACGCGGGGUAAGAUUCAGUGGGCAGCAGUUGUUUUCUUGCUUGACAAUUUUCUUUUCCGCCAUGUUGCGACCGAGGUCCGGUUCCUGGGCGGCGAACUGCUGA